AUGCUUGAUAUGGAAAAUUCUCCUCUCUUCCCCAUAACUAUUGGAGUUUUAGCCCUCCAAGGUGCUUUCAAUGAACAUAUACAACUUCUCCGCUCUGCCAGCCAAAUCCUCGCCACCAAAACACAAGUUGCAUCCCAUCAAGCACAUGACCUCGAUAUAAAAUACAAUUUUAUAGAAGUACGAAAUGAAAUCGAACUUGAUUCAUGCGAUGCACUCAUUAUACCUGGUGGUGAAAGUACCGCUAUUUCACUCGUAGCUCAACGAUCAGGUCUUCUGGAACCUUUGAGAGAUUUCGUUAAACUCCACCGUCAUCCCACUUGGGGAACGUGCGCCGGUCUAAUCCUCCUCUCCGAAUCCGCCAACCGCACUAAAGCCGGUGGCCAAGAAUUAAUCGGAGGUCUCGAUGUGCGCGUCAAUCGUAAUCAUUUCGGUCGACAAGUAGAAUCCUUCCAAGCCGAUCUAGACCUUCCAUUUCUCUCAUCUCUUAGCCUCCCCCCCUCCUCCUCUUCACCUUACUCACCAAACCCCCUCUCCACAUCCCCCCAAAAACAAGAAGAAACACCCGCUCCCUUCCGCGCAAUAUUUAUCCGCGCCCCCAUCGUCGAGAAGCUCCUCCCCCAUCUCCCCGGCCCCCAAAUCUCCGAAUCCCACCUCGACUCCACUGUCAUUGCCCCCUCUCGCCCCGUAGCCUACGCCCCAGAAUCCCCGCUCAACGCACCUGUAGAAAUUCUAGCGACCCUCCCCGGUCGCACAGCCUCGAUCCAAGAUUCUUCGACGAAAGAAAAGCUCGAUGCCGAAGCUGGCGAUAUAGUAGCAGUGCGCCAAGCAAAUGUUUUCGGAACUUCUUUUCAUCCCGAGUUGACGGGAGAUGCGAGGAUCCAUGCGUGGUGGUUGGAGCAGGUUAUUGAACAUGUGGUAAAGAGACGACAGGGGGGAUCAUGA